AUGGAAGAAUCACACAAUAUUAAAAAAUUAAAGGACGAAGACGAAGAUGCAAUGAUCAAAGUUGAUCUUCAAAAUUCCGACAAGAAAAAACACACAACUUGUCUUGAAUGGUGUCAAUUAAUUGCAACAAUAUGUAUUCCUAUCAUUAUUGCACUCUAUACAAUAAUUCAAGAUCGUCAGAAUCUUCACAAAGCUAAUAUGAGUCGUGCAACUGAACUUCAAAUAGCAGAAGAAAAUCGUUUAAAUGAACUCUUAAUUGCAGAAGAAAAUCGACAGAAAGAUCGUGAUCUUGCUAAAGAUCAACAAUGGGAAAAUAUUCUUGUCGAAUAUCAUCGAUUUCUUUCAGGAUUUUUCGUUCAGAAAGGUCUCUCUUUAAAAGAAUCAGAUGGUACAAUCUUAUUAUCAGUAUCUCAUACAACAUUAAAUCAACUGAAUGUUAAGCGCAAGAGUUAUGUUAUUCGUUCCCUCUAUGAAGCUAAAUUGAUCGCUCUAAACAUAAAUAGUGACCAAAGUAGAUCAAGUUUUUUAGAAAUUGGUGGAAUUGAUCUGAGUAAUAUUAUGCUCGGUUCUGUACACGAUCCUCAAGGUCCCCAGUCACUAUUAUUUUAUAUUGAUUGGUCUUAUCUUUAUUUGCCUAGAGCUAUUUUGGUGAAUGCGUCGAUUCGGUACGCAAUAUUAAAUUGUGCAUUUCUUCACAAUACAAAGUUAGAUUCAGCCGAUUUAAGUUUUGCUUAUGUUCGAGAGGCAAAAUGCUUCAACAAAUGGAGAGAGUCGUCCGCCGAAUUUUCUACUUCUUCUCUCGUUAACGCUACGUUAUAUCAUGCUGAUUUUAAUGAUGUCAGUUUCUAUAAUGCCACCUUAACAUUUGCUAAUAUGUCUAAUAUUCAAUGUUGCGAUUGUGAUUUUCGUACAGCAAACUUGGUUCGAGUUGAUUUGAGUGGUUGUAAUAUUUCUCGUUCGCAGUAUCACACACUGUUGCGCGAAUUUGAGUCAACAAAUUUAUCGUACACUACUGCUGAUUUAUCAAUAUUUCAUUCAUUAACUUUCGAUUAUUCAGAUUGGUCUCAUGUUCAAGCUAAACAAAUAAGAAUGAUAAACUGUACAUUCGUUAAUGCAACAAUGAUCAAUGCAUCAUUUGUAAAAGGCUCUCUAAGUAAUGUGUUAUUUCAACAAACAGAUCUAUCUUAUAUUGAUAUGACUUAUGCUAUCUUGAAGAAUAUUAGUUUUAUAGAUACAAUUAUGUAUUAUGCUAAUUUAAGUUAUAUCAAGUGUGAAUAUUGUAAUUUCAUAAAUAUUGAUUUACGAAAUAGUUUAUUAAGAAAUGCAUCAUUACUUUAUAGUAAUUUCGUGAAUUGUUCAAUCGAUGAAAAGCAAGUAGGAGAAAUAAUUGAUCUUGGUGGAUCAAAAUUACCCAAUGAAACUAUUGUUCAAGGCAAUGAUUAG